AUGCAUCGUUGCAACAAUCACAAAAACCAUCACCAACAAUACAGGCACCGGAGGUACACCAACAAUAUCCAGAUCAAUCGCUACCACCAACUCCUCCCCCUUCCUUCACCCCCCACCUCACUUAAUCAUCCAACACCAACCCAACCAUGCAUAACAGAGGCCAUCACUACACCCCAGACUCCCACUCAUACACCAACAUCCAACUAUUCCUCCACAACAAAUACCACCACUAUACCAGCUCCCACCAAUAGACCUAAAACUACUACAAAACCAUGCCACACUCCUUUUGGAAACAUCAGAGGAGAUGGCCUUCUUAGUGCAAGAGGGAAUUCCAAACCAAGCACAACAAGACAAAGUCUUGAACCUGAUCCAUCAGCAAGAUAUCACCCUUUGGCAAAUGCAGGAAAUCAUCAAUCAAUAUCAACAAUGGCAAGCACGGGCACUUCAUCACCCCACCUUCUAGAAUACACCCCCACAGAUCAACUCCUCGCCAUGGUUACUCCCUCAACAACCAGUAGCAACUAUUCAGUCUCCAGUGUUAGAACAGAUGCAACAUCAGGUGAUCGACAACCACAUUACCAACUCUCCACCUGCUUCUCCCCAACAGGAAAAUCAACAUCAAGCAGAAUAAGGCAACGACCUGCCAGAGACCUUCAUGGAAUCAGUGAUUUUGAACGACUUUCUGACGAUAUCUUAGAAAAUACAGAAAAAAUACCUCAUUUUCAUCCCUCCAAACCUUCAGAGAACUUCCUUGAACAUAUGCCUAGACCCCUUAUCCUUGGAAGAGAAAUAUGUGAUCCUUAUGAUUCCAACCCUACAAGACAAUCUUUUACCAGCAGCUCUUUACAAUCCUCCAUAACUGCUAAUGCAUUUGGAACUUUUUCUGGCUCCGGAAAGGAGCAUCCCACAUCAUUAAGAUUUAAUGAAGAUAAUGAUUUGGAAUUGCCGGGGAGCUCACAAUCAAGAAUUCCGCCGGAACCUCAGAUUCUUGCUUACGUGAAAUAA